UUUGAUUGUGGAAGAAAUUGGGAUUGAGAUUGAGACUGAAGAGGAAGGGACAGAAGGGAGGGGAGAUUGGUGAUGAAGAGGGUGAAGGGGGAUUUUUGUUGGGGAUUAAGAUUUUUUGGGUUUUGUGUAGGGUGUUUUGGGAGUUUUGGCGGUUUUAUGUCCGGAUUGAUAGAAAUUAGUGUGGAGAUGGUUUGAACCAUCAAAUUUAAUUGUUUUUACUGUUUGGAUAUAAGAAGAAAGUUAGGGAAGUUGCCAUGAUUCCAAUUCUCCAUUAUUUAUAAUAACUUAAAAGUCAAAAUAGAGGUACAAUAAAUCUACCAAAAAAUUUUAUACUUAAAUUUGCUAAUAUCCCAUUCAAGCUUUUAUAAUUGAGCCAGAAAAUGUUCCUGUGAAAAUGCUUAUCAUCUCUGGAUAUAAUAGAUAUGGUAAAUUCUAUCUGCAAUUUUUCCAUACAAAGUUUUACAUUUGAUUAACUUAGACAACAACCACAAUGAUUAUCAACAUUCAGAAGUAUUCCUCAAUCAAAUCAGCACAUGCUUCAAACUUCAUCCGAACCAACAGAGGAACAGACCAACUUUAACAUCUACGACCCAUUUAGCUCAUUAUUAUACCCUU